UGGAAACCUCUCCUCGUCUCCCGCAGACUCUCUCUCUCUCUCUCUGAGAGCUCACGGAUUGGCUUACUUUCUUUGACUGCCCUUCUCUCUCCAAAUCCCAUUUUCCAUAUAAAUUAUUCUUGAACCUCUGUCUGCUUGCAUAAUCUCGUUCUCCAGCAAACGAAAGCCCACCCACCAAAUUAUUGUUUUUCCUUCCAUCUGCGAAGGGGUUGUUUUAUAUACUCCUCCAAAAAGUCUUUGCGAAGUUUCCAUUCCGACCUUUGAAUUCCUCAAACGGCUCGUGCUGUUCAAAGUCCCCCACGUUGAAAUCAACUCGGAACCCCCCCGUGCAAAGUUCGCGAUAACGGUGCGUAUUUGGGGCGCACGUAUAUAAAGGGGGAGUUGGGGUCUGUCUCAGGCAUAUCUUGUGAAAAAUCGUCUUUCAGCUCUCAGAAGAACAGAAGAACAACUUGUUCGCGAGGGAAAAGGAAAUAUAAGAGGAGAGAAUUUCUGGGCUCAGUUCUUGAUUGUGGACUGAUAGUUCAUCUCCCAAGGAACGAGAAGCGACUGCCUUGAGGAGAGGUAGCUUGAAGAGAACUAAUUUACGAGCCAUGACCGAUUCAGUUGCCUCGGACAAGACCAAUUCUAAGAAUUCCAUUAAACUCAAAACCUGCAAGCCCGAAAACAUGGUGCUCGAACGAACGCUCUCCUUUGAGAAUUUCUUACACGGUAAAGAAGCCAACCGGGCCUCGGGUAACUUAACAGUCAAAGAUGGUUCGACAUCUGAAACGGCCAGAGGAUUGUCCCUUUCUAAACCUGUGAUAUUUUUCUCGCCGAGACCCAAAUGCGAGCUCGAUGCCGCGGCAGUUAAGGUGCAGAAAGUGUACAGGAGUUACAGAACAAGAAGAAACUUGGCAGAUUGCGCCAUCGUCGUUGAGGAGCUCUGGUGGAAGGCGAUAGACUUUGCAGCCCUGAAGCAUAGUUCCGUAUCAUUCUACAAGGAUGAUAAGCCUGAAACUGUUGGUUCUCAGUGGGCGAGGGCAAGCACUAGAGUCGCCAAGGUAGGAAAAGGUUUGUCAAAAGACGAGAAGGCUCAAAGGCUAGUAUUACAGCACUGGCUUGAAGCUAUUGACCCACGGCACCGUCAUAGCCACAAUUUGCGUCUAUACUAUGAUGCGUGGUUCCAAAGCGAGAGUACGGAGCCUUUCUUCUACUGGUUGGAUGUUGGACGUGGUAAAGACGUGAAUCUCGAAAAGUGCCCAAGAAAUGUUCUGCAUAAGCAAUGCAUCAAGUAUCUCGGGCCCAUCGAAAGAGAAGCCUACGAGGUGAUAAUCGAAAAUGGAAAACUCAUGUAUAAGCAACGCAGCGAGCUUGUGGACACCAUGGAAGGUUCAAAGUGGAUAUUUGUACUUAGCACUUCGAGGGCCUUGUAUGUGGGUAAAAAGGAGAAAGGUGUGUUUCAGCACUCCAGUUUUCUUGCUGGUGGCGCCAUCACUGCAGCCGGAAGAUUAGUCGCCCAUAAUGGGAUCCUAGAGGCUUUUUGGCCAUCCAGCGGGUGCUACCACCCAACAGAAGAGAACUUCAGGGAAUUCAUCAGCUUCUUGGAGGAGCAUCAUCUAGACCUCAGCAAUGUCAAGAGGUGUGCUGUGGAUGAUGACAAUCUUUCAUACAUAAACUCCAGCGAGGACUCAAAACACGGUACAAGCGAGGGCCCCGCAGGAACCACCUCAUCAGCUGCCGAGCCAGAGGAUACCGCCGUCAAACCUGGACUUCCGCAAGAAAAUGUCACGAAUGCCCGUGCCAAGGCAGAGCCGCCUGUGUUCGACGUUACCAGGCGCUUGUCGUGCAAGUGGUCGACAGGGGCCGGGCCUCGCAUCGGCUGCGUGAGGGACUACCCCACGGAGCUCCAGUCGCGGGCGCUGGAGCAGGUCAACCUCUCUCCGAGAGUUGUCCCCGGGGCCGACCUUCAGGGGGUUACGGUCCGAUCCCUUCAAGAUUCUAAUUUCCUGGGAAAAACAGAAGGGAAGAGCCUAUAGUAGAGAAGAGUGUUCGGGGGCUAACCCCAUUUUUUUCAUUCAAGUUGUUGUUACCCAUUUGCAGUUCUUUUUCCGAAUAAGGGGGGUCUGCUUACGUACCAAAUUGAUGCCACUCUUUCUUUUCUUCUUUUCAAGAUUAGGCUGCAAAAGUUGAGUUGAUAAAGAAGCUUGAAAUCUGUUUGCAAGUUCAUUGAUUGAGACACAAACGCAUAAAUCGUAUUUGAUCUUGUAACUUUCGGCUUA